AUGGGUGGUCAACUUCGGCUGCACUAUGACUCGUCUGAUCCGGAAUAUAAACCAGAAACAGAACGUUGCAAGGGAAAAGCAACUGCUUGUUGCAACACUGGUAUAGUAUCUCUAACUUUAUCCCCAACCGCCCUCGACUCCUAUCGCGGCGAUCUACUUGCAGCGUUACCAUUCGGAGGUGGCCCGAAUGCUUUCAACAGCAUUGAUGAAUCAGCUCAGAGCCUCUAUGAGUUCCGUCGCUGGACUGGGGCUGGGGCUCCUGAACCGUCUAGUGUGGCGAAUCGCCUUUAUGGCAAGGCCAUCAGGACUCUGCAAAAACGUCUUUCGGAACGGUCCGCCUACCUUGAUGAUAAUGUUUUGUUUUCCGUUGUCCACUUGAUGAUUGCAUCGGCUGGCCAGCACGAUGUUGCUGCUGUCAAACAACAUUUGACAGGUUUGCGACAGAUCAUUUCACUGCGUGGAGGACUGUCGAAGACACCAUCUCAUUUAUCCAUUCGUAGCCUACUGAUAAUCAUAGAGUAUUUUAUGGCCUUGGAACAGUACCUUGGCUUCGACUUGGACGAUUUAGAAUCUAUCCCCAGCAGCCGACUUCACUACACCCGCCAUCCAUUUCCCCCGCAACUCUGUCGGCAUAUCGCCGCACUACCCGAUGGAUUCGCCGAAGUAGCACUAUCUGGACGUAUCAGCGUGCAGUGCAUUCAAUUACUAUGUGCUGUGUCAUCCUGGCAGUCGCUCAUUGGUGAGCAGCUCAAUGAUACGUCAAAACGAACGCAAGACAUAAUGUGCCGACUGUUCUGUGAGCCCCGCGAAUGUGCUCGAGAUGCGGCCUUGCUGCUGCUCUACCUUAAGCGCACUGGCAUUUCUCCUGGUUUGGAGUAUGUCAUCGGCAUCGGCAUAGCCAUCUGUGUCCGGCAUCUCAGUGAAGAGAAUCGCACAUCCGUUUUCGAUGGCGCGCUCUUGCGUUGCAUGUUGGACAAUAUCAAAGCCAUCAGAUCUCCGCAACCUUCAGACAUCGAGACAGUGAUAUGGCUAGCUCUCAUCGUCAACUGGCGAACACAGUCCUAUCAGCCAGUGCGAGAAGCGGACGAUGUUCUCGACCACGUGAUCAUCCGCUUUCCUUCAUUACAGUCAUGGCAGAAAGUCUCCAAGAUAUGCUGCAGGUUCUGGUGGUUCGAUUGCCUGAAGGACGACCUACUCAAGUGCUGGGAGAAGAGUACGAAGAGGACCCAACGCAUCCCAAAGAAAAAGAGUUGA